AUGGCCGCAUCGUUCGUUCGAGCUGCAGGUCGUCACUCCGCCAAACGACUUUGCCUGCGACCGAGCUUCCAAACCGCCUCAAGACCGCCGCCUCUUCUCUCCCGUGCCAUUUCCACCGGCCCCAGGCAAAAUCCUAACCCUGAGGCUCCCGGCGGUCCUCUCAGCACGACUCUAAGCCCGACUGAUUCCACAUUUAGCGGACAUGCCAGCGAGUCCCCCGACACGAACUUGGGCGAUCAUUAUGAAACCAAAAAGAUUCGCCAUUAUACCGUCAAUUUUGGACCCCAGCAUCCUGCUGCACAUGGUGUGCUGCGGCUCAUUCUCGAGCUUAAUGGAGAAGAAAUUAUCCGAGCUGAUCCUCACGUCGGAUUGCUCCAUCGAGGCACGGAAAAACUGAUCGAAUACAAGACAUAUCUGCAAGCGCUGCCGUACUUUGAUCGAUUCGACUACGUCUCGAUGAUGACCAACGAGCAAUGUUUUUCCCUCGCAGUCGAGAAGCUUCUGAACAUUGAAAUCCCUGAGAGAGCGAAAUAUAUCCGGACGAUGUUUGGAGAAAUCACUCGAAUUCUGAACCAUUUGAUGUCGGUUCUUUCACACGCUAUGGAUGUUGGUGCUUUGACUCCUUUCUUGUGGGGAUUUGAAGAACGAGAAAAACUUAUGGAAUUCUACGAACGUGUGUCCGGUGCUCGACUCCAUGCUGGAUACGUUCGCCCCGGUGGUGUCAAAGCAGACCUUCCGCUCGGCUUGUUGGACGAUAUCUAUGCGUGGGCCACUCAGUUUGGAGACCGUAUCGAUGAAACCGAGGAGCUUCUUACCGAUAACCGGAUCUGGAUCGGGAGAACCAAGGGUAUUGGCGUCGUUUCGGCCGCAGAUGCUCUAAACUAUUCAUUCUCCGGUGUCAUGUUACGAGGAUCGGGUGUUCCUUGGGAUAUCCGGAAGAGUCAGCCAUACGAUGCAUACGACAAGGUCGAGUUUGACGUCCCAGUGGGCCAGAAUGGCGAUUGCUACGACCGAUAUCUGUGCCGUAUGGAGGAAUUCAGACAGUCUCUGCGAAUCAUUCACCAAUGCUUGAACCAAAUGCCUCCUGGCCCCGUCAAGGUGGAAGAUUACAAAAUUGCUCCUCCUCCUCGGGCCGCUAUGAAGGAGAAUAUGGAAGCACUCAUCCAUCAUUUCUUGCUCUUCACCAAGGGAUACACGGUCCCUCCGGGUGAUACUUACAGCGCCAUUGAAGCGCCCAAGGGAGAAAUGGGUGUCUACCUCGUGAGCGACGGCAGUGAACGUCCAUAUCGAUGCAAAGUCCGAGCCCCAGGUUUCGCACACUUGAGUUGUUUUGAUCAGAUCAGCCGCGGCCACCUUCUAGCUGACGCGGUAGCCAUCAUUGGUACGAUGGAUCUCGUGUUUGGUGAAGUCGAUCGGUAA